AAUCAGCCUGCAGACAGGGGUCAAAUCUCUACAAUAGGAGGCUGAUUUACUUGUUGCACUGUGCUGCGAUGUGUUUUGUGGCCGGCUGAGAGGAGCCUGAUUUGACUUACUUCAGUCGAUGGGUCCGAGCCUAACGCCACAAAUCUCUGAUGUGAUGUUGCGCUGGCAUGCAUGAGCUCCGCAUCUCAUCUUCAGAGUGUCAAAGGAGACAGUAAUCCCCUUGGUGCCAUGGCUGAGGUGAUGGGACAGAGGAGUAUGUUGGGCUUUGGUGUGGUGUUGGCAUGGUUGGUGCUGUUCCACCUACUGGUCAACAUCUGGCUGCUGUGUGUGUUCACCAGCCUGCUGGUAGUGCUCGGUGGCUGGCUCGGCUCGCAGGCCGUCCUGGAGUCCAACAGUGUGGUCCACCUCGAGAGGUUUAUCACCCUGGAGCAGGUUCAGCCGUCUGUGGAGGAUGAGCAUCACUUGAACCAAGAGAUUCACAAUACAGUGAGGAAAAUCAUCAGGGACUUUGUCUCAUCCUGGUACUCCACUGUGUCCUCUGAGAGUGGUUUUGAAACAGAAGUUCAGGAGGCCAUGAUUUCUAUGGCCAUGGAGCUGAAAAUACGUGCAAGACAAGUCGACAGGAAGGAGCUGACCCAAAAGAUCCUGGAUCUGUUUGGCUGCCACCUGCAGGACUACAUCAGAGCCAAGGAGCUGGUGAGCAGCCAGCAGACUCCUCCGGCGGGGGAGUGGACCAGUGAGAGCAAGCAGUUGUGGAAAGCAUAUUCCACAGUUACCGCGCCUCAUCUUGCCAUGACCAGUGAAAUGGAAUUAAACUACAUCAGAGCAAUUGGAGAUAUGUUGCUGCAUGUUUUGGUUCCACCGCCACACUUGGAGACCCGCACAGGACGUUUUGUUGUUGGAGAGCUCAUCACCUGCAAUGUUCUGCUCCCUCUCAUUGACAGAUUGUCUGACCCUGACUGGCUAAACAGUUUCAUGAUUGAAAUAUUCAGCAAGUCUAGCAAACCACAGGAGCCAGUUACAACAGAGACUUCAUCAUCACAACUGCCGCCGCCACUCGCUGAAUCAGAGCCAGCUCCACUACAAGAGUCAAUGCACGUACCUCAAAAGAAUAAUGAAGUUUCUCCACCUCGAGCUGAGACUGAAAUUUUUAAUGACACAGAAAUGGCCACGCCUGAGCUAGCUGCCUAUGAUGUGACUGACUCAGAGGAGGUGGACUGUCCACAAAACAACAUGGAGGAAGAAGAACCAACUCAACCAUUUUUAAGGCAUUACACGAGAGGAGGCAAAUCAAAUCCAUUUUACCAGGAAAAUGACUCUGACCUGGACUCUCCUUCAGCUGACUAUAAACAAAGUUCCAUUGAUUCCCUGCUCAUGAUAGGCCAAGAGGAGGGCGUGUAUGACAGACUGACAGAAUGUGCCACAUCUGCCGAGAACAAUAAUGGCAUGGACCUGGAGGAUGUUUGCCCCAGUUCAGUGGAUGGCUCCUGCCCUAAAGUCCUGGUGAAUUCACAACCAGUAGAGUAUCGUAAUGGCUGCGGCCCUUCACCGGGUCCCACAGCAGAGGGGACUCCUACUAUGAGUGGCCAGCAGGACCUGGAGAUAGAGAGCAGUUCCCCUUCUGUGAACCCAGCCAGAGGGCUCCUCCUGGGUGUAGAACAGGGUGGGCUGGUUACUGGCAGUGAGCUGACUGAUGUCAGUCCAUUGCAGGCCUCUUCUCCCAUGCCCUCGUUCAGUUUUGAACCCCUCAGCAGCCCUGAUGGACCAGUCAUCAUCCAGAACCUCCGCAUCACUGGCACCAUCACAGCGAAAGAACACCGUGGCACAGGCUCACACCCCUACACUCUUUACACUAUCAAAUAUGAGACAGCGAUGGGCUGUGAGAACCCAGGGAGCAUCCAGUCAGGCUCGGAGGAGGCUGAAGUUGUACUCGCAGGUUGUGAGAAUCCAUCCUCAGUUCAGCCGGUAGCCUAUCACAUGGUCAACAGACGAUACAGCGAGUUCCUCAACCUGCAGACACGGCUUGAAGAAAAAACAGAACUACGGAAACUUAUCAAAGGUGUCAAAGGUCCAAAGAAAAUGUUCCCAGACAUGCCCUUUGGAAACAUGGACAGUGACAAGAUAGAAGCCAGGAAAGGACUUCUGGAGACCUUUCUAAAGCAACUCUGUACCAUCUCUGAAAUAGCCAACAGUGAAGAGAUGCAGGAGUUUCUGGCUCUCAAUACAGAUGCUAGGAUUGCCUUUGUCAAGAAACCUUUUAUUGUGUCACGCAUAGAUAAGAUUGUGGUGAAUGCCAUCGUGGACACUCUGAAGACGGCGUUUCCUCGUUCAGAACCUCAGAGUCCAACAGAGGAGAAUGACGGAGAGGUGGAUGGAGGGAAAAUAAGUAGUGACAAGAAGAGCAAGUCUCGUCUGAAGUUCUCCAGUAAAAACAUCCCGUUUAUGAAUGGCUCAGAUGUUAGACCACAGAUUUUGUUCAGUUUUGAGCAAACCAGCACAGUGUUUAAUGGGAUGUCUUUGGGAGAUCUGCAAGCCUUUAUCACCGAACAAGAGAGACUGUCCAUCAGAGGCGAGCCAGAGAGCGACGACAGUCCAGUAGUCAGAGAAUUCAGAGGUCACAUUAUUGACAGCCUGAGUGGAAAGCAAAGUCAGGAAGCUGCAUCUGAGACGGCGCUGGCUGAGGUGGCUCUGAACAUCCUGUGUCUGCUGAUGAGGAAGCAGUGGAGCUGGCUGUGCACUGAAAACAUUCAGAAGACCAUCAGACUCCUGUUUGGGACACUUAUUAACAGAUGGCUGGAUGUGAGCGUAGCCAACCUGACAUGCACCAGGUACUGGGUGUUGUACCUGCAGGUCAUCCAGGAGGCUGUGUGGCCAGGAGGAACUCUGCCUACAGCCCCUCAACUUGAGCGCAGUCAGCAGCAGAAGGACAGCACCAGGCAGCAAGCUUUACACUGUCUGAUGAGACUCCUGCCAGAUCUUGUAUCUGACAUGUUGGGCUCAGACAAGUACAAACUCAGCUGGCAGACUGCAUUGGACUCUCUUCAAGACCCCUUCAUCAACCGACACCUGGUCUACUGCAUAUUUGAUCUUCUGCUGGAGUUCCUGGUUCCUGAAAUACCUGAGGAAGACUUCCAGAGGAGCCUGUUGCAGACCCUCACCAAGAACCCAGAGAAGAUGCUGGCGUGAGAAGAAACCCCAGGGGAACACACCUGCAAACCAGGCUGUGGUUUUUUCCACUGAUCAUUCACCACUGAUGAUUUGUUGAAAAAGAAGUGACAGUGAGGCUGCUCCUGUUCUACUAAUGCUCUGCGAUGAGAGUGGAAAAGUGAAUGUGUCUGGUGAGGCUGAAUAUUCUCUGCCCCUACUGUAACCUCUGAGGCCUGUCUUUAGUUAGGUGUUGCUGUAUUAACACAUGAGGCUCUUGAACACGUUGUACUGUACACACACACUUUAACACAAACUGCAUUUGAAGCAGCUUUGAUUACACGAGAGCACCUGGUUUGUGUUUAAUGUCAGAACGUGUCUGACGUGUUGUUCAGAUCUAAACAUGUGGGAAAGCCUCCUUUCGAUCUCCACGUCCUGCCUCUUCCUGCUCACUAAACUCUUUGGCUUUGACUAAACUCUCUUCAGAUGGUCUUCACACUCUGCCCUCAUCCCCUCUUGCAGUUUCUUGGUAGAAAAACCGAGACUUGUUGCUCGAAUCUGGAGAAGCAGGAUUUGCUUUUUCCUCCCAACUUAAAUCCCUGCAUGCUCUGUGGGGAUUUAGCAUCAGUGUUUUCCUCUCUGUUGACCUGUUCUUUAACAUCCCACUGGCUCUGUAUAGAGCCACACAUGUGAUUCUGGCAUAAUGUGAGCUAUACUUUCUAAAUCUGAGCCUUCCUGAGGGAUCACGUGUCUCUGGUAGUGAUUUUUUUUUUUUUUACUUGCAUGUGUCCAGGUGUAGGGAAAGUACAUAUUGUGGUGUAGUGUUGUGAAGAGUUGGCUAUAAGAUAUUUUACUGGCUUCACGGAUGCGUCACAGUUCUCUUAACAAGUCCCUUGGAGAAUUAUCUGGGCAGUUAAUGUCUAAAUCAUAUAAGAACUGUGCCCAACAAAAACAGGUAUAUGAAUGCUGCAGGAAUGGUGUUGGCCCAGGUCCAUUCAGUCUCUUUACAGGUUUUGUUUGUAGGUAAAAACAGUAAACUGCUGGACUCCUCUACAGACAAAUGUUGUGCUUUUGCAUAACAUUAUAAUGUCAAAGCUGACCACACAUUGUAAUGACUUUUCAAUAAUGACACCAUUAGCUUUCCGAUUAGUUCCCUGUAACCUUUGCUUUCAUUCUGUAAUUCUGUCUGCUACCAGGCACAGAAUCCCCCCAGAAAAUGAAGGUUGACUGUUGAUCCAGUCAGACAGGCAGCCUGGCAUGAUUUUUAUCUGCUUCCACGUGUCCAUCGUAGUUUUGCGUUACUGGUAGUUGCGACUCUGAGGGAAAUGAAUGCUGUUAUGACUUGGAAACAUGAAGAGGGCAAGUUGUUUGUUUCCUCUUUAAGAUCAGUCUCUGAUAGAUGGCUAAUUAAACUGCAGGCCGAGAGGGUUGGUAUAUUACAGAGAAGCACAACGUCUCACUUAGUUUUAGUGGUAUCUAUCCAUGCUGAUAUAUCCGGGUUAGGGAUGCAUGAUAUAUAUUGUCCUGAUAGUGGGACAUUUUCAUUUUCAGCUGUACAUCAGUAACAGCUGAUAAAUGAAGUCCAUAAUAUGAAUAGAAAAUAUUUUUCCUUCAAGUGUAGCAUUUACACUCUGAUACAGUAAGUGACUUGGUGGUAUGCACCUUUAAAUUUUGCGAUUCUCAUUGAAUAGAGAGAAGAAGAUUAUGGAGAAGAAGAACAAGCUCAGCACAUUUUGGUGCUCAUGAUGACAAACUGCUGCGCCAGUGUAGAGGCACGCAGUGCAGAGCCAAACAUGUUUUUACAGUUUCGGAGGAAAACAACUUGAUUGUAAUUUGCAAUACUUAUUUCACAAGGGUUCAGAGAGGAGGGGGAGAGUCUAUGAGAUUACAUGUAUGCUCACUGCUUUUGAGCCUUUGAAAUGAUUGGUUAUGUUAUCAGAAUCAGCCAUGAGACGCAGGCAAUGAUCAGUUAUUGGCUCAAAGACAAUUCAUAUUAUGCAUCCCUGAGUAGUAUUUAUUUGGCAGGCUACUGAGUUAUUCUCUGACAUUUCUGAGGCAAUGCACUGCAUUCUAGUCAAAGCAGUAGGUUGGAAUCGCCUACUAUUUAUAAUUUUUUCAGGAAAAACAAUACAUAAUGUAACAGACGUCAUUGUGCAUUUAAUUUUAUGGCACUUUGACACUCAGAAAUGUAUGUAUUCAGUAGCCUGAUACACAAACUGUCUUCUACAAAUACAUUCUGACCCCCUCCCCAUGGCUGCUGCCAUUGUUUGUGAUGCGAGACUUGUGCUUCGUCAUGAGGUUUACAAGUAGGAAUUCAGACACUGAGUGGCCUUCCAUCAUUCUAUUCUUGGAGGGGAGUUGAAAAUGUUCACGUUAAUUUAUUCUGAGGGUCUUACUCACACUUUUUGUUUGUUUGUUUGUGUGUGUGUGUGUGUGUGUGUCUUUGACGAUGGCUCUGUUACAUUUAAAUGUCCCUGUUUUCCCUCAGAGGUGGCGAGUGCUUCUCCUAAAAGUAGCUGUCCAAUCAUUGAUGCCUCUACAUAGAGCUACUGAUAAAAAACCAACUUGUUAGCUUAAGUUCAAACUUUAAACCAACUGGAUACAAGCUCCACUGGUUAAAACUGGUGACUGUCAAACUAACAUCCUGGUGUCUAAAUGGCAGUUUCACAGUUCCAAAGUGUAGUAGUGUAGUGGUUCUAAACAAGUAUGGUUUUCUUUGACACCUGUUAACACAAAGUGCUGUUCUACUGAAUUAAUUAGUCUAAAACUCAUCACAUCAGUGUCUUUGUGUUGAGCCAGAUUGUACAGUAUAUGUUUAAUCGUUAAACAUCCACCUCUGCUGCCUGAGGAGCAUGUGGUCAUCCUUUUGUCACAUUAGAGACCAUCUGAAGAAAGAUUUAGUGAUGUCUACGUUCACUAUAUUGUUGAAGGUUUUUGCAUUUUGUGACUCCGCCUUAGCUUCUUAUUGCCCAUGUGGUGGCAACACAUCAGUCCGCACUGAGUUCUUAGUUGGAUAAAGACAAUGAAGAGAAAACGGUUGUUGUUGUGUUGACAACAUCCUCCGUAUGUAUCCAUGUUAAAGCACAGGUCAUUAUUUAUGUCCGUGGCAGACAUGUGCAGACCAGAUGUCUUAACGCAGACUGUCUUAAAAUGCUGUUUAGUUCAUCUUCCGAUGCAGCUGGCCAGAAUGAUGAUGUAGUCUCGGGUAAAUCACUCUUCUGCCAGCAUUUAAAUGUUCCAAAAUGUUGUGACUUAAAUUUAGAGUAGCUCUUCUAUGGAUACUGCAGACCAGGAGCAUGGAGUCAGCCCCAAAUGGCUUAUAUUAAGACCGAGAAAUGCAGUGAUGUCUGAAAUGUCCAUCUGAAAUGCAUCAAAUAUGAAGAAUAUGUCUUGUUGAACUGAAUCUGCACAUUUACCGAUUUGUUAUGUUCCAUAUUAUACUAAAGAAGUCAAAUGUUACUGUUACUCUGAGUAUCAUUCCAGUGUAUGUCACCCCCCCACCCCCCCAUUGUGUUAACUUGUGAUUCAGCGCAUUUAUUAACCUAUUGAAUUGCUUGCUUUAUUAAAUUAUGACCUGUUCCAAAUUCCGUCCAUUAAAGGAUGAGCGAGGUGCCAGUCCUGACAGAGAGGAGCGUCCUCUCUCAUGAAGUGCUUUAAGUGGACUUUGCCUUACAAGGUGACCUGAUGAAGUUUGUCCUGCAGUGAUGCAGCGUCAGCGCAGCCACUGACCAUGCCUUAGCAGAACAUAAGCACCCAGUUCCUGCUCUCCGUAGUGAAUCUGUGAACACGUGUUCUUUUUAUUGUGCAAAAUGUGCUGAAUGUUGUGAAGAGAUUGUAAGAUACCUGUCAGUUCUGUCGUUUACUGCUGCAUAUUGCUGCCACUGUCUCUGCUCUGUAUAUUAUUAUUAUUACACUAGAUCGAUGUUGUUAAAAGGCCAAUUCUUAAGCUAUGGCUGUAUUAAUGCAAAGCAUUCAAAAAAUGAACUAACAUCAACAGAGUGAAGAAACAACAGUGUUGACGCUCUGUCAAAUAUGUCUCUGUUCUGUUUGUCAUGAAAAGAUAUUCGUGAGACAAGAUGAAGGAUAAAAAAUAAAAAAAAACCAUAUGUCAUUAUCAUUAUGUCAUGAUGAUGACAAAUGAUCAUGAUAAAGCCAAGCUUUUAUCAAUGAUAGAUAGUUAAUGUUACAUUAUUCAUGGUAAAAAAAAAAAAGUUUGUCUUUGGAACUUCUGCUUUUACACCAACUGGUGUUGGAACAGAACAGUUUGUAGAUGGUGACGCUGAAGCUUGAUCUGUUUCAGAGAUCUCACUCUGAUCCUGUUCUGCACUCUCCCUCACCCUCUUGUUUCUUCCCUAUCAGAUCGCGUCUGCUGUUUCUCUUCACGUGGAGUUGUGUUGUGCAUGUUACCGCUGUGAACCUCUCUGUCGGUUAGCUCAGACUGUGUGUCAAGUCUGCUAAACAUUUGCUGGUUGGAUAUUUGCAAAAACAAUAAAGUUACCAAACAUGAGUUAUUAAAUCUUCAA